GACGACUAAUGGUAACAAGAUGUCAGUGUCUGCACCCCACAUAGGCAGAUUGCUUCCCAGUCGGACAUCUCUUUUCAUCUGUGAUGUGCAGGAGAGGUUCAGGACAACAAUCAAGGGUUACCCUGCUGUCAUUGACUCUGCAAGGAGACUGGUCAGAGGGGCAGCAGCCUUGGAGAUCCCUAUAAUAUGCACCGAACAGUACCCAAAAGCAUUGGGCUCUACAGUCCAAGAAGUGCUGGAAGUUUUGCCAGAUGCUUGCAAGCCUGUUCCAAAGACCGACUUUACGAUGUUGGUUCCAGAAGUGAAAGCCCAGCUGGACAGCAUGCGCCAUGUGAAGCAAAUUGUGCUGGUGGGCAUUGAAGGCCAUGUCUGCGUUUUUCAAACAGCUUUGGAUUUACUGGAACUGGGGUAUGAGGUCCACGUUGUGGCUGAUGGGGUGUCCUCAUCUCGAUGGCUGGACAGAGCAGUUGGUCUUCAGAGAAUUGCUCAGAGUGGUGGCUUCCUUGUGACAGCGGAGAUGGUGCUCUUCCAAUUGACAGGUGGUUCAAAGCACCCAGCUUUCAAGACAAUCAGCAAUCUUGCCAAGGAGAGCCGUCCUGAAGCGCUGCCCAUCGUCUCCAUGCUCUAAGCCACACGUUCACAAUGGGUUUCAAACACUCGAAAAUAAGCAAUUCUGUCAGUCGGGAUAUCCCUGACCUUGACACACUGCGCUCAAGGCAUGCUGUUUACUUUUAUGCUGCGUGUCACCUUGCUUGUCAACCUGCAACUCUGUGAGCGCUCCUGAAACCAGGAAGGAAAUUAUACAUGUAAAAGCAACUGGGCCUU